AGAGCGACAGACACGCCCACGCGCACACGGAGCAGACAGAAAAAAACAACAACGAGAAGACAAGAGGAGACAUGGCGACAGCAAACGAAAAUUCGGUUGUUUCGUUACGCAGUAAUCCUUUCUCGAGGCGUUCGGUGGAGGAAAAAAAAAGAAUAAAGGAGCUUGGACCGGAGCAGCCUGAUAAACAAAUCCAGCAGCAGGCAAGUGACAGGGGAAGGAGUUACACUAGAGGCUUCUCUCGUUUGUGUUACACCAAACACAGUUGGCUAGCUGGAUGUGGAGUUAGCAAUGCUCUCUAUUGCUUUCCAUGCUUGCUUUUUCAAAGUGUUGGCAGUGGCACUGAAGCUCUGUGGACAACAACUGGGGUCAGAGACCUGAAACAUCUCUCUGAAAAAUGCAAACGGCAUGAAAGUAGCCGUAGCCACCUUGACAACAGCAUGAAGCUACAGUUUUUUGGCCGAGUUAGCAUUGCUGAACAAUUAGAUGAGGGCUACAGAGUUGGCAUUAGAAGGCACAAUGAAGAGGUGACAAAAAAUCGUCACAUACUGUCCAGGAUAAUAGACUGUGUGAAAUUUUGUGGGGCCUUUGAAUUGGCUUUACGUGGCCAUGAUGAGAGUGAGAGCUCUGUCAACCCCGGGAUAUUUCGUGGGCUGGUGGAUUUUGUUGCCUCUCUGGAUGGAGCUUUGAAAGAGCACCUUGAGACUGCCACUGUUUUUAAGGGUACUUCAAAAACUGUCCAAAAUGAGCUCCUGGAUUGUAUGUUGUCUGUUGCAAGGGAGCAAAUAAUUAAAGAAGCUCAAAAGAGUGUUUUUGUAUCAAUCCAGGCAGAUGAGACAACAGAUAUUUCAACACAGACCCAACUUGUGCUUGUACUACGCUACAUUGAUGACAAACACAGUGUGCAGGAAAGUUUUUUUGAUUUCAUUCCUCUGCAGUCAUCUACUUCUGAGUCCAUUGCUACUGCAUUAAAAGAGCGUCUUGCUGCCAUCAUUCCUGAGGAUCAGAAAAGCAAGCUAAUCUGCCAGGCAUAUGAUGGAGCCAGUGUGAUGAGGGGUGCCAAUGCAGGUGUUCAGAGGAAAAUCAAAGAUGAGUACCCAAAUGCCCACUAUAUCCACUGCUAUGCACACCAACUCAACCUGAUCAUGCAACAGGCCACCUCUCACAUUUCCAAGGUGAGAAUUUUUUUUUCUGACCUGGGUGGAUUUGCCAGCUUUUUUUCCAGAUCACCCAAGCGUACAGCUGUUCUUGCUAAAAUGGUGGCCCAUAGACUGCCAACAUCCAGCAAUGUCAGAUGGAACUUUCACAGCCGAGCCGUCAACACUGUGUUUGAGCACAGACAGGAUCUCAUUCAGUGUUUUGAGAACAUACGCGACUCGGGUGACUUUGACCCCAAAACCAUGAGAGAGGCAGGAGGCAUGGCCAUGCUGCUGGAACAUCAGGAUUUUAAGUUCUUUCUGGAACUUUUUCACCACAUCAUGCCACAUGUGGACCUCCUCUAUGCCAAGCUCCAGAAGAAGAACAUAGAUGCAGUCCACAUCAAAGGGAGCAUCCAGCAGUUUGAACAGGACAUACAAAUCAUCAGAAAUUCUCGCCAUUCCAUGGGUGAGCAAAGCAGUGGUUCUCUGACAUCAAAGAGGCGUCGGGUACUCAGUUCAGAGGAUCGUCAAAAUGUUGCAGAAGAGAUCUGCAACACCAUUCUGGGACACACCAGGGAGCGCUUCUCCUUCACCGACCAUCUUGUCUGUGCAACCUUGCUGCAGGGGGACAGGUUUGAGGACCAUCAGGGGGCAUUUCCUGAAGAGACACUACAAAACACGCUGAAGGCCUACAAAAUGCUGAAUGGAAGCAAACUGAAGACAGAGCUCAGUCUCAUCUACAGCAAAGUAGAGUUCAGAGCCUGUUGUGGUGCAGUGGACCUGUUCCAGCUGUUCAUGGAAAACAAUCUUGAAGAUGUCUUUUCAGAAACUGUCACUCUCUUAAAGAUCCUCAUCACCACACCCAUGACCACAGCUGAAGCAGAGAGGUGCUUCUCAACCUUGAAAAGAGUGAAAACCUUCCUCAGAAACACCAUGACCCAGGAGAGGCUGAAUGCACUGGCCAUGCUCUCCAUGGAAAAGAGACUUGUUUGUGAAAUGACAGAUUUCAAUCAGAAAGUCAUUGAAAAAUUUGCUGGCCUGAAGGAGAGGAGAGCAAAAUUUAUGUUCAAGUAGUUUAUUGUUGUGUUGUAAUCCCCGCCCGCCAGUGCGCCCCCCCAGAUUUUUUUAGCACCAGCCGCCACUGGUGUA